GAGUCAGUCAGCUGUCCGGUGUGCGAGUGGCGGUGGCGGUUCGGCACUUGGCAAUGCAAGUAGCGCGCGAGUAAUUAUAUGUGUAUUGGUGCACUACUCUGUUGUCUCUCGCCUUACUUGUAGUAGCUUGGUUUGCUUUCUUCACCGGCUGGUUGUGCUGCGCUAAAUUGACAGUGAUAAUCGAGAAGAAAAUUUUUUUGUACAUUGCCUCGGUUAAUUACUGUCUCGUUUGCUAAGGGACAAAUUACGCUCCUUGAUAAUCCACCAGCAACACUCGAGAGAAGUCCUGCUAUCUUCCCUUGCUUCGACGCACCUUGGUUCCCUCUCUGCUACGGGGCGGUCAGUGCUUCCAUGGCCUAAUAGCAUACAAUAAUUAAUGAAAGUCUUGUUAUACUGUUAAUGGAAAGAAUAAAUGAAGUGUUGAUCAGUGCUGUGUAGAUGUGAGAGGAAAUUGUGACGUGUUCCUGCCUCAUGAUUUGCUCUGUUAUUUGACAUAUUGUGGUUUGACUACCUGAUAAUACAACAGAAUAAAGGAAAAGUAUUGACUGUUUAUGUGUGCUACAGGUGAGAGAAAUUGGUGAUUUAUGACCAGGUGAUUCAGAGGUUAAGAAUUUCCCCUCAAUUAACGAAGACGCGGAGGAGCAAGAGAGUGAGAUUGAGAGCGAGAGGGAGAGGAGAGGGAGAGCGAAAGAAGAGCCAAGUAGACGAAGGAGCAGGCAAAAGAAAUGCAACGCAAUACGAGGUGCUACGUGUGGCUGGCGGCGCUGCUCCUAACGAUGGUGGCGCCAGGUGGAGGGGACCAGCCGACCACCGCCCACUACUACACUCAGCCUGCAGUGAAAGUAGAGCACCCGCACGCACGACUUACUACGCCGGAGUUGAUCAAAGUGCACGGCUAUCCUGUCGAGGUCCAUGAAGUGAUCACCGACGACGGGUUCAUCAUUGAAAUCCACCGCAUUCCCCACGGCCGCCGCCACCCCACCGCCACCCACAGCCACACCUACAGGAGCCACAUACCGCACGCCCUCUACAGGCCCUCACUGCACGUCUCCCAGGGUUACUUGAACGCAGGCAGAGCACAGAGCCACUUGUCAAACCACGUGGACGAAGGAGUGACGAGGGUAACGAACGGGAGCCAUGAUGCUUACCGGUGGAGCAGAAGCAGAGACCCCAAGGUAGUGCUGCUCUUCCCUGGCGUGUUCUCCUCCAGUGCUGACUUUGUGCUGAACGAACCCGACCAGGCACUGGGGUUCAUCCUCGCUGACGGGGGAUACGACGUCUGGCUCGGGAACUACAGGGGGAACUUCUACGCGAGGCGACACACACACCUCACCACUUCUGACCCCGAGUUCUGGGAUCACACAUGGAACGAGCUGGCGCGCUACGACCUGCCUGCGAUGCUGCGCCACGUGAGGGCGGUGAGCGGCGCCCAGCGGGUCAGCUAUAUUGGCUUCUCCCUCGGCACUUCAGUUUUCUUCGCCAUGUUCUCCUACCACCCUGAGAUCUCCUCCUGGGUGAGGUCCAUGGUCGCCCUGGCCCCCGUGGCUUACAUCUACCACAUGCCGGUACCCCUGGGACUCAUCUCGCCCUUCGCUGGCUUAAUUGAGAGGGUGCUGGAGAGGGCCGAUCUGCUGGAGCUAUUCCCGCUGAUGCCCGAGCGAAGCGCCCCCCUGAAGGCAGCGUUGUGCGGGCCCACCUCUCUCACCCAGCCACUCUGCAUUCUCAACAUUCACUUUCAGAACGGAUUCAACCAAGUCUAUUUGGACAAGGAGUACCUCCCCGUCCUUCUGGCUCACUAUCCUGCCGGUGCGGGAUAUAAAGUCUUCAUGCACCUUCUUCAGCUCCAUGCCAGCCACAAGUUCCGUGCUUAUGAUUACGGCCCCGAGAGGAACUACAGAGAGUAUGGCCAAACAUCACCUCCUGAUUUCUCCCUCGCCAAAGUUCAAGUACCCGUUGCUCUGUUUUGGUCCGAGAAUGAUGCUCUGGCCUCACCGCUGGACGUGGCACAGACGGCUUCGGAGCUUCCCCAAGUGGCAUUAAACAGGCGCAUCAACCUGGACUACAACCACCUGGACUUUAUGUGGGCAGAGGACGCCGGAGAGAGAGUGUACCGCCCCGCCCUGGCCUUCCUCGAUGCCUUCUACUGAGGGAGCGAGCGAGAUUGAAGAAAAUGGAAAAAAAAGGGAAUAGAUAGGACGCAUCGUUGGGAUAUGGGGAAGGAGGAAUAUGGUAUUACGAAGAUCAGAACACAGGAGGACACUGCUAAUGGGGUGAAAAGGAAAGAGUCGUGUUAAGAAGAUUCGAGGCGUGAAUAAGAAUUACGGAGGACUGAAGGCAUAAAAAGACAAGCGCUUAAAGGAGAAGGGAUUAAGAACAGAUUAUAUUUUGACGCAGCACCGGUACAAGAUGAACAGAUCAGUGAUUGAAGGAAAGAAUGAAACUGGAUAAUUUUCAAGUUCUGUUUUAUUCUGUUGGUUCAAUAAGACGCUGGGGAAAAAAAAAAGAAAAGAAAAGAAAAG